GGGUGCGGGCUCUGAAUGAAGAUGGACUAUGACUUCAAGGUGAAGCUGACCGGGGAGCGCGAGCGCGUGGAGGACCUCUUCGAGUACGAGGGCUGCAAGGUGGGCAGGGGGACCUACGGGCACGUCUACAAGGCCAAGAGGAAAGACGGGAAAGACGAUAAAGAUUAUGCUCUAAAGCAAAUAGAAGGUACUGGAAUUUCUAUGUCUGCUUGCAGAGAAAUAGCACUGCUGCGGGAACUGAAGCAUCCAAAUGUUAUUUCUCUGCAGAAGGUGUUUCUGUCUCAUGCUGACAGGAAAGUGUGGCUUCUCUUUGAUUAUGCGGAACAUGACCUCUGGCACAUUAUAAAGUUUCACAGAGCUUCUAAGGCAAACAAGAAGCCAGUUCAAUUACCUCGGGGGAUGGUGAAAUCGCUAUUAUAUCAGAUUCUAGAUGGUAUUCAUUACCUACAUGCUAACUGGGUGUUACACAGGGAUUUGAAACCUGCUAAUAUUUUAGUUAUGGGUGAAGGUCCUGAGCGAGGAAGAGUAAAAAUUGCUGACAUGGGCUUUGCCCGGCUAUUUAAUUCACCUUUGAAGCCUUUAGCCGAUCUGGAUCCAGUAGUUGUGACAUUCUGGUAUCGAGCUCCAGAGUUGCUGCUUGGAGCAAGACAUUAUACCAAAGCUAUUGAUAUUUGGGCUAUAGGGUGUAUAUUUGCAGAACUACUAACGUCAGAACCAAUAUUCCACUGCCGACAAGAAGACAUAAAAACUAGUAAUCCGUAUCAUCAUGACCAACUGGACAGAAUAUUCAAUGUAAUGGGAUUUCCUGCAGAUAAAGAUUGGGAAGAUAUUAAAAAGAUGCCUGAACAUUCGACGUUAAUGAAAGACUUUAGAAGAAACACGUAUACCAACUGCAGCCUUAUCAAAUAUAUGGAAAAACAUAAAGUUAAGCCGGAUAGCAAAGCAUUCCACUUGCUACAGAAAUUGCUUACUAUGGACCCAAUAAAAAGAAUUACCUCAGAACAGGCUAUGCAGGAUCCUUAUUUCUUAGAAGAUCCACUUCCAACAUCUGAUGUGUUUGCAGGUUGUCAGAUCCCAUACCCAAAACGAGAAUUUUUAACUGAAGAAGAACCAGAAGACAAAGGAGACAAAAAGAACCAGCAGCAGCAGCAGGGCAAUAACCAUACAAAUGGAACUGGUCACCCAGGGAACCAAGACAACAGUCAUACGCAAGGGCCUCCCUUGAAAAAAGUGAGAGUUGUUCCUCCCACCACUACCUCAGGUGGACUUAUUAUGACCUCAGACUAUCAGCGUUCCAAUCCCCAUGCUGCGUACCCAAAUCCCGGACCAAGCACAUCGCAGCCCCAGAGCAGCAUGGGAUAUUCAACUACCUCCCAGCAGCCUCCACAGUACUCUCACCAGACGCACCGGUACUGAGCUGCACCUGAAUAAGUCGAUGCACUGUUGCUAAGGCUGCAGGACUGGCCGUGCUGCUGUCUCUGCCUGGAACCUGGCGUGGGCUGCAAGAAUGUACUGUAACUAUCGCAUCUUCACAAUGUCUGAUAGCCAAGUUCCACUACUUUUCACAGGUUGGGGGGUAGUGGCUCCCUCAGAUUGUACCCCUUUAAAGGAGUUAGACUUGAAAAGAAAGUUACUAGCACAGUUUGUGUUGUGGAUAUGCUACUUCCAUAGUUUACUUGACAUGGUUCAGACUGACCAAUGCAUUGUUUUCAGUGACAGUCUGUAGCAGUUGAAGCUGUGAAAUAUGCUAGGGGCAAAAGCAUUUUUGUUGUUGUGAAUUCUAUUGAUGUUAACAGCGUUAUCUGACCAAUAGUACACAAAAUCUCUUAACUGGUAUUUGAAGCAUACAGUGUGUGUUAACAAGACGAAAAACUAACUGUGGCUCCAAAUUGAGAGGAUUUUGAUAUACAUUGAUUUUUAGUGACUUUUUUGUGGGUUGAUUCAUUUUCCACACCGAUCAAUGUUUUAUGACCAACAAAUUUGCUAUGAGGAGAUUUUUUUAAAAAAGCAAAA